AUCCUAGUAAUCGUCGACGUCGUCGGAGGUGCUGUCGGUGUUGGUGUUCGGCAGAAUCGUAGUAGGUGUACAUACGAAGCGGAAAACUGAUGUGAUCUCAACACCCGGCAUUUAUUGGAAAGGAGGUGUUGGAAAAAACGGAACACUGAAAGAUACGAACAUAGCAGCAUUCGAAACAGCACGCUAUCACAGUAGCGGAAGUCUUCUUUCUUUCUUGGACACAUCGCAGUCUCCCGAGUCCCUCGUCGUGGCCCGCAGCGUUACCGAGUAGUCUACGUACACAAGAUGUCCGAGAGCAGGGACGAAAUACUUGCCGACUUUCAGAACAUAACGGCCAUAGAAGAUGUAGCCGAAGCGAUUCAACAUCUAGAAGAGUGCAAUUGGAAUUUGGAGUCUGCCAUACAGCGCGUCCUACCACAGGAUGUAGAAGGAUUGCCAGAGCCGGUUUUGUCGUUUGCGGACCAGCACGGGUUUGCAUCGCGAGCCAGUGGCACUAGUGGCGCUUCUGCUGGCGGCUCCAGUGCCUCUGGGAUGUUGAACAACGUCCUGGACCACUUUGGCGGUGGCUCGACCGGUGGGGAGGAGUUGAUGACAAACCCUUCGUCGCCGGUUAAAUCAUACGUGGCAGCUCCCGGCAACAAUGCUGACACGGGCAUGAAGGAUGUUAGUGGCGGAUGGUAUAACAUUGGAGAUGAUGCUGGUCCAUCUACAUCAAGGUCCACCAGCAGUAACGAUUUUCGAGCCGCUCUCAAUCAUCUAGACACGAAGCCGUAUGAUCUGCUGUUCAACGUGCACUUCAAGAAUGUACUGCAUCAAAUAAGCAUCUCGAACCAUGCAACGAUCGGUGAUCUGAAAGCAAAGAUUUGCAACAAGACGAAAGUCCCAGUUUGCCGACAAGCACUGAAAGGUUGGGAGCCAGGCAAGCAAAAGGAAACGGCUAACCUGUCCACACCACUGAAAGCCCUCAGCAUCGACGGUAGCAAGGAGUUUCAUCUGGUGCUGACCGAUCUUACCGACGAGGGAUGUGUAGACGACGCAGGCAUGGACGUUUUACCGCACCUUAAUCAGCAAUCCUACACGCUGCAUAUUCACAUCGAGCCGCAAAACCAGAUGCUGAAGCUCAAUUUUCCCGCCCAGCAGGACAUCCUCCACAUCAAGAAUUCGAUUCACGACAUCACCAGUAUACCGGUGCGCCACCAGGUGUGGUACGGGUGGCCGAGCAACGUGACAAACCAAACUACGCUCGCUGAGUCCGGCAUCGGUAUCGAUCACAAUUUGCUCCUAAAGUGGGACCAGAGCGCGGUCAAAGUGACCAACAUUAACAACAACAGCAGCAGCAACAGCAACAACAACAGCGGCAACCUUUGCAAUACCCACAGUCACCUGCUGAAUGCGCUCAGUAGUAGUGCCGGCACGAGUACGAACAACAGCCACAGCAGCAGCAGCAGUAGCAGCAGGGGCGCUGGGGCCAAUUUAUUCAACGUUGGCAACGACAACCUACCGAUCAUUCCAAUCGACUCGGAAAGUAGCGGGGAAGAGUUCGAGGAUGCGUCGGAUUUCAACAACGACGACGACAUCUUCACCGAGACGCCGAUCAUUAACCAGCAAAAGCGUUUAAUACCCGAUAACACAGAUGACGAGGCGAUCGGAAGUAUACAGUUUGUGGAAAAUUUCAUCGAACGGUAUGGGCCGCUGCAUCCGAUGUUUUUCCAGGGUAACCUGGAGGACGCCUUAAAGGAGGCCUGCCAUCGACCGUCGGCACGUGAUCGUAAACUAUUGGCAAUUUAUCUGCACCAUGACGGUAGCGUGCUAACGAACGUGUUCUGUGGUCAGCUGUUGGCCUGCGAAAGCAUUAUACAGAUCCUGCUGGAGCAUUUCGUUCUUUACGGGUGGGAUUUGACGUUCGAGAGCAAUAAGAAUAUGUUUUUGUCGUCUAUAUCGGCCUGCGUGGGAAUGACAGCGUCGAUAACAGUGCGCAACAUCGCGACGGACCGUUUGCCGGCAAUACUUGUGAUAUCGAAAAACCGCAGCCAAUGUGAAGUGUUCCAGGUGAUUUAUGGUAAUGUCGGUGUGGAUGAUCUGCUGUCGAAGCUCAUGGAGGCGUCGGAUAUGUAUUGCGAGCAGCUAAAGAUUGAGCUACGCGAGGAAAACGAGCGGAUGGCAAGGGAGCAGGUUAAGCUCGAGCAGGAUGCCGCUUACCGUGAAAGUCUGGAGGCGGACCGGGCAAAGCAGGAAGCCAAGCGCCAGAAGGAGAUGAUGGUGCAGUCCGAGCGACGCCGGCUCGAAUCGGAGCGAGCAGAAAAUGAAGCAAAAAGGGAGCUGAUACGGGCACAGGCGCGUAGCACCGUACCGGAUGAGCCGCAGCAGGAUGGCGGCGAAAGCAUCACCAAGAUACGGGUGCGAACACCGUCCGGUGAGAUGCUCGAGCGCAAGUUCUACAUCGAAACGCCUCUGCAGCUGCUAUUAAAUUAUAUCACGGCCGAGGGAUACCUCACUAACGAAUUUAAGGUGAUCUCAAGCUGGCCUAGAAGAGACUUAACAACGUUAGACAUGGAUAGCACGCUUAAAGAACUGAAACUGUUCCCACAGGAAACACUGAUCCUCGAGGAACGAUGAUUGAACCCCUCAUCAGUUCAACCAAGAUGCCGUCGUACUGCUGGGUGGGAAGUGGGAAAGUGCAUGAGUUGAAAAGAAGUCUUUUCCGAUUCAUUGAUCUGUUCUUUUUUUUGCUGUUCACAAUUAGUUCCUUCGAUGCUAUUUUGUUGGUUCUUAUCUACAUCUGUUCCCGCAUUUGAUUUUUUUUUGCGAAAAUAGUCUUUAACAAACAAAUCUCACUAUUUUCUUCCUUCUGCCCGAAUGAUCGACGGUGGAUCGAACUGUGUUUUGAGUAAGACCGAACGGAACGACGGUGUAGAUCAUUGUACGGUAGAUCGGAUAUGCUAAUCAUGUGGUUUAUGUUUGUGCUAUGAUAAGGUUAAAUUCGAUAGAUUCCGCUCGUUCCUAUGUACCACCAACCACAAUCACCCUCAAAGAGCACAGAUAAUGUCCAGAAGGAUAUCGCCACUACGGAUAGGAGUUUCGAACGGUAAUAAACAGUUGCACUACGAAGGUAAUUCUAGCAGUAAACGUGGGUGCCAGCGGGGCCGCCAAGAUAGAACUCGAACAAAACCAAUAGAAUCAGAUGCCCCGUAUAAACAUAAUACUUGGUAAAGAUAUAGGAUUGUAGAUCAUUUUAAGCGAUAGAUUAUUACUUCUCUUCUACUAUUCUCCCCCUUUUUAUACGCUUCUCGGGGGCAAUCGAAGAUUUUUGCACCGUGAUGCUUUGAUUUCCUUUGAUUUUCGUGUGGUAUUUCCGUUCCUUACUUGAAGGCGUAGCUGUAUAAGCGUGUGUGAAUGUUAUCGUUCAAUCUUGCUCCCCCUCCCCCCCCCCCCCCUCGUCCCUCCUCCUACUAAUCCCACGCCUGAACACCCGACUGUCGGUUGGGAGGUGGUGUCGUCAUGUUUAUCAAUAAAUUCGCAUAACUCAUUUCAUUUGUACUAAACAGGAGAGUUAGCGCGCAGCAACGCCGCGACAAGGGUGGUAUAACGUAGUAAUAUAGUGAGUAAAUGUAUGGUUUGGGAUUUUGUUACAUUCUCGCCGCCAAACAUGAGGCACCAUCCCAUCCAAGCAAUUUAAGCAGUUAGUAAGUGGAAG